AUGUCACAUCUAUCUUUAUCAUUAUUAGUACAAAGUUAUAUUAUAAAGAGAUUGAUUAAAACAAAAAAAGAUGAAGACUAUGAUAGAUUUGGGCCAGACGAAUAUCGGAAUCUAAUGUUACACGGAGAGACGAGGAGAAAGAGAGAGCGUGCAGAUAGGGUUUGGAGAGAUGAUAGAGAUUGCAUUGGUUUAAUAUUAGCGUCAAUCCAUUCAAGUGUCAACUCUAUCUACUCUUCAGAUUAUAUCAAAACAUUAAAUUGGUCAUUUGGAGGUUGUAUUGACACUACCGCUGCUACAGUAGUAAAACAUUUGCCAUUUGACUAUGAAACCCAAUUGAUUAGACUAUUACCAAACCUACAAACAAUCAACUUUAAAAUCACUUGCACACUGAUUGUAAUACAAUUACUAAAUUACAAUUGA